AGAAAAGAAACGACGAGACACACACAAGGCAGUUUGUGUGUGUGUGCGUGUGCGCGCCGGACCGAGUUCCAAUCAGCUGCAGGAUUUUUUUUUAAAUACUUUUUUUUCCCAUUUUCUUAUUUUUAUUUUUUCAAGUCCUGCCGAUUUUUUGAACGCGCCAAUCUUUUAUUCGUCGGCCGCCGUUUACCGGAAGAACCCUUAAAGCCUAAUAUUUGAAUUAUAGUUACAAGCAUCGAAUCAAAGUUGAUUUGUGCUGUAUAGAACGAGCGGCUGUGUGUGUGUGUCCUGCAGUGCUGGUGAAAUCCUAAAUAACAAACUCGCAGCAUAUAUAGGAUCCAAAGAGAGAAGAACGGCCGUCGCUGUUGUGCUGUGCUGUGCUGAGUGGCGUCGGCGCCCGCGCACAUCAAUUCAUCCUAUAGUCCUCUGGCGUGUGCUGUAGCCAAACAGCAGCAGAAGAAGAAGCCGAGAGUGAGGCACACAUCCAGGAGUUUCGUGUAUAUCCAACCGAAAGUGUCAGCCAGCGCUGCUGCUGGCACUACCAAGUGACUCAUUCCACAGUGAAAAUAUAGGCAAAUUAUAUAGUCCUAUAUAAACAAGAAUUCAAUUCAUUCCCAGUUGUAUCAUCAUCAUUCCAUCAUUACAACCCAAAUCGCGAAGGCCUACAAGUGAAAAUUCAUCUGUGCCACCAGCACCAUCAAUCGGAUAGUUUCAGCGUCGAAUUGUGUGGGGUGUUUGUGGGUGUGUGAAAACAUUUCGGAUAUUAGUUGGUAAAUCGAACGAUCGUCUCAAAAAAGAAAACGCCAUCCAUCACAUCGGAUUAUAUCAAUGAAUUAGAAAUUGCCAGUGUUUUGGUGAUGGCCAUUGUGGAAGGCGAAGCUUUGGCCGGUGGCGGCGACGGCGGCUGCGCCCUCCGACGCGCCGUCGACGGUGGCGGCAGAAACGACGUCGGCCCUCUAUGAAAAAAGAACGAAAUAUAUUCACAGCGCCUCUCAAUGCUUCUGAUUUCAACGAAACGAAACUAAUGACAUAAACCACUAAAUCAAAGUGAUUUCAUUCAUUCCAUUAUAUAUUUCUCCGAAUUAUAUCAACAUUCCAGUCAAUCGAUCAUUCCAUUUGAUUCUAGUCGUGUGUCUAAUAACUCUAUUCUAUAUAUUACUCAACUAGUCAAACAAACAAACAAGUGAGCGGGGAAAUCGCGUCGACAAUUUGUGAGCGCCAAUGAACGAGUGUCAUGGAGCGGGACGUGUCGGAUCGUGAGCUGCUGGAGAAUCGCAAUUUGAUCGGUCACUUGUCGUUCAACUGGCGCGAAUUGCAGGCCGAUGUGGCCGACUGCGUACAACAAGAAGAAGAAGACGAACAGCAACAACAACAACACGAUCGCCAUCAUCACAUUCAUCAACGGGGUUUGGUUUUGAGCGAGCGAUCAUCGCCACGAGCGACGAUCAUGCGCUCUCGCCGAUUGCGUCACGAGCUCGGCGGCGAGCGGGAACCGCAGCAGCAGCAGCACCGAAGGAGAGAAGAAGAAGAACAAGACGAUGAAGAAGAAUUGGAAUCGGCAACGUCGCCUGGACCUCCGCCACAGUCGCCAGCGGGAGGAGUCCCAGCACCUCCGGCGUCGGCGGCAACGCCGUCCAGCACUCCGCCGUCGUUCGGUCUGCGCGGCCGGUUACGUCGGCCGGUCAUCCACCAGUCGCCAGUGCCUCCGUCGCCUCCGCAUUUCUACGACGACGACGACGACGAGGAAACGACGACCAUGACCCGAGGAGGAAAUGAAUUGGACGACGACGACGACGUCGAAGAGCAGAUGGUUAGUUACCGGCAUCGCCACCAGGAGGCAGCCGGAGGGCAGCAGCUAGUUGGAGGCGGAGCUCUGACUUCGCCGGCUCCUCCUACUUCGCCCGGCGCCCAGCGCCACCACCACCACCACCACCCACACCACCACCUCCACCAGCAGCACCAAGAGUCCCACCACCUCCAGCAGCAGCAGCACCACCACCACCACCACAACUUGCAACUCGUUUCGUCAACGGAGGCAGGUGCUGCUGGACUGGCCGGCGCCAGUGUUUGUCCUGACCUGGACGACGACGGAGAGGCUCAGCUGAUCGCUCGCGGCUCCAGCCACCACCACCUCCAGCCUCAUCUCCCGCACCUCAGUCACCACCACCACCACACCCACUUGGUGAGCGGCAGCAGUGCCAACUCACAACAACAUUUGCAACAACAACACCACCGGCAACUACCUCCAACGGUUCUCUCCGGAUUUCAUUCGCCCGGAAGUCAAGUGCUCGUGGUCCAUUCGCCUGCGGCGGCGGCUCCUCAACACCCCGAGGAGGAGGAGGAUGACCAGGAGGAGCGAUCCUCUUAUCUCUUGUCCCACCGCCAACAACAACACCUGCAACAACAACACAUCCAAAGCGCCGGAUUGCAGCCGGAUAACAACAAUCCAGGAGGUGGUCCAUCAGCAUCGUCGGCCAGCAACGGCAACAACAACAGUGAAGCCAAUAAUCAUUUCGAUUCCGGCGAUCCGGCGUCUGUGCAACAACAGCACGAGGACAACAACAGCGACCCGCAGGAUUUGCGGCUGGUGGUCCGCCAUCGCGGGGUAGUGACUAGACCGUCGCAACUGGACAACAACCAACAGCAUCCGCAUCCGCCGGAAGAAAACGACGACGACCUCGUCGACGAGGAGGAAAGUGAACUGAUCCAGCACCGGACGGACAGCGACGACGGUGGCGACGACGACGUCCAUCCGCACCACCACCAUCCGCACCACCAGCACCACCACCUCCAGCAACAACAUCACCAACAACAACACCACCACCACCCGCAACACCACCACCCGCAGCAACAGCAUCCGGUGGCCGGUGGCGUCGAUUCGCCGCUGGGGUCGGCCGAUUCCGGUCUGCUCAGUCCCGGCGAAUUGAGUCCGUCGCGCGGCCUGACGAUGCUGGACGCGGCCGACUACCGGGCCAUCCACGCCUCGACCGAGUCCAGCUACCAGACCCUGCAGUCGCUGGGCUCGUCGGGCAGCAACAACAACGGCCCAGGUGGCGGAGGAUCGUCCAGGAUGUCACCGCAUCCGUCGGCCUUUGUCGGAGGAGGAGGCAACAAUGGCGGCGGAGGCAAUUCCGGCUCUUACGCCACUCUGACGCCGCUCCAGCCGCUGCCGCCCAUCUCUACCGUCUCUGACAAGUUCGCCUACAGCCACCAUCCGCAACAACAGCAACAACAACAACAGCAGAGCAUGCAACAACAGCAGCUGAGUCACCACCACCACCAGCAACAACAGCAGCAACAACUUCAGAUGCACCACCACCACCAUCACCUGCAACAACACCAGCAACAACAUCAACAACAACACCACCAGCACCACGGCGGCAACAACAACGUGUCCGGCUCGUUCACCGUCAUGCAGAACAGCGCCGGAUUCGUCGGGCAGAUGGGCGGGAUGGCCGGGGGGCAGCACGGCGGGCCCGGCGGCGGUGGUUACGCCGGUGGCUAUUCCGUCGACAAGCUUCCGCCGAUGGCCCUGUCGCCUCCGCCGCAGCAGCACGGCCACUACGGCCAGCACCACUCGGUGGUGGUGGCCGGACUCCACCAGACGUCGCCGCUGUCGCCGUCGUACGGGACGGGCGGCCACCAGCAGAACAACGGCCUGCACUCGCCCAGCAAAUCGCUGGACUCGCCGACCGGUUACGACUACACCAUCCGCGGAGGAGGCGGCGGCGGAAGCAGCAACGGAUGCCUGGGCCCGGCCCAGCACAGUCCCGGCGGCCCGUUGAGUCCGCAAUCGCACAGUUCGCUCCAUUCGCCUCCGCACGCCGGAUACAGCGUCCUGAGUCAGGUGGCCAUGAACGGGCUGGCCGGCCCGGGUGGGCCGCUCAGUCCGCCACCUCAGCAACUGUCGCCGCAACAACACGGACAUCAGUCCCAGCAGCACGGCGGCCAGCAGCAGAUGAGUCCGACGCCUCCGCCCGGCUUGAGCCUGAUGGAGCGGAUGGAGCGGAUGGAGCGGAUGAGAGACGCCAUGCCACAAUCGCCUUCGCCGCCGCUGGGCGUUUCGCUCUCACGCGACGCCAUGAUCAGUUCCAUGGGCGGAGGGACCAUCCACCUGGCCAGUUCCAGUCAAAUCCACCUGGCCGGCCACUCGCAACAACAACAGCAACAACAACAAUUCGGACCGGGCUCGGUGGGUGCGACGGCGUCCAAACAUUCGCCGCCGUCGUCCAUCUCGACCAGCAGUCCCAGCAACGGCGGAGGUGGCGGAGGUGGGGGUGGCGGAGGAGUCGGCGGAGGAGGCGGAGGUGGUAGCAACAACAGCAGCAACAACGGAGCCGAGCUGGAAGAGAUCAACACCAAAGAAUUGGCGGCCCGGAUUUCGGCCGAGUUGAAGCGGUACAGCAUCCCGCAGGCGAUUUUCGCCCAGCGGGUCCUGUGCCGGUCGCAGGGCACCUUGUCCGACCUGCUGCGCAACCCCAAGCCCUGGUCGAAGCUCAAGUCCGGCCGGGAAACCUUCCGCCGCAUGUGGAAGUGGCUCCAAGAACCGGAAUUCCAGCGCAUGUCGGCACUCCGCUUGGCCGUUGGAGGACAUGCCCAGCAACACACGCCGCCGUUCGGGGAGCCACCCACAGUUGCAGUUGUUUGCAAGCGCAAAGAAGAGCAACCGCCGCCACCGGAGCAACCUUCACCAAAGAAGCCUCGUCUGGUUUUUACCGAUUUGCAACGGCGAACACUCCAGGCCAUUUUCAAAGAAACGAAACGACCGUCUAAAGAAAUGCAGGUGACGAUAGCCAAGCAACUGGGGCUGGAGCCGACGACGGUGGGCAAUUUCUUCAUGAACGCCCGGCGUCGCUCGAUGGACAAGUGGAAAGACGAGGACGGCGGCGCCAAAUCGCCGGGCACGAGCAGUAUGGGCGACGUGGACGGCUGCGACGUCGACGGGGCUGGCUCGGUCAGCAUGUGCGGCAGUCCGUCACCGGCCUCGUCGCCCACCGGGGCCGGCGGCGGCGACCCGCACGGCGGUCACGUCAUCAGCCACGGAUCCCUGCACCACUCGCUGGCCACCGACGCCUUAUGACAACAACAGAACCAGCACCACCUGAUCGCAUUCGGCCAGUAACAAGUUACCAAAAAACAUUUUCAAAAAAUUAAUAAAUAAAAUAUCCCCCCCCCCCUCCCAAACAAAAAACAAAACAUAUGGACACACACCGACGGCUACCUCGACGUUCAAAUAACCUCCCCUUCUCAUCUCUGCUCCCUAUGAAAAAAUUGCGCGGGAAAAAAAUAACGUUCAAAUAUUUUCUAGUCGUGAAACCCCCCAAAACAAACUGAGUCAAACAGCCCAGUGAGGGACUGGAGUCCCUGCUCGGUUUCAAACUUAUCAACUUAAAAUGAUCUCUCUCGCUAUUAGAUUUAACGAUGAUAUCAAUACUGCUGCAAAAGAAAGAAAAACAAGUGCUAGUCAAAAUGAAUGCAAAAUGAUUUUUGUGUUUUUUACCCACGAGAAUUUCGUUUUCCCGCCAUUUCGCCAUUUGCAUUCCAUCACACGAGUCCUUUUUUUACAUCAAUAGUCGAAAGGUGCCGGCGCUUAAUUAUGUGAAUGAAAAAUUCGGGAGAAAGAAAAAAAAAGAAACAUUUACCAGUGAUCUCAUGUCGAAUGGUAUAUCAAUUCACCCACAUCUUUAGUCAUUCCGAACAACAAAAACAAAAAAAGGAAUAACAAUUUGAUCUCUUAAUAUCUAAACCAUUCCAUAAAAUAAAUUUAAUAGUCAUUUUUCAUUAUUAUUAUCGAUCCUCCCCACCCACCCUCUCUAUACAUAAACAAAUUAAGGAAAACCCGUGCGUGUGGUGUGCUGUGUGUUGUGUGUGUUUUUGGGGUAUGUCACAAUCGCUCAAGGAUCGUGCGCGUCCACACAAAAAAAAAACGAUUUCGGGGAGAUUCACGAAAAGAAAUGAGAACAAAAAAGUUAUUUCGCGUCAAAUUCAAAAAUUGAAAAAAAGAAAACCAAGUCUAAAUUAUAUACAGGCCUAUUUUAUGUAUGCCGUAUAUAUCGUGCUGAGCAGAAGAGCGACCAACCGGAGAAUGGGGAAGAAAAAACCAUCACAAAAUUUGAAAAAAAUAGUCCAUAUGAUAUAAUAUAUAGCCUCUAGUCCUUAAUAUAUAUUAUAUAAUAAACUCUUGUCAGCCAGUUUUAUAUAAUAGACCUAAAAAUCUAAGUCGGCGAUUGAUGGCAAAGAAAAAUGGCAGCCGUUCGUCUCUCCCGAGUGCUCCCGCGGGUUGAUAUAAAUAUAAAUAUACAUUCGUUUUUCUUUUCAAUUAAAAGAAACACACACACCCACACACACACCCACCUGGUCUUAAUAUAUAUAUAUAUAAUCGAGAUUAUCCUCCACAUCACAUCAUCAUUAGAUAAUCUAUAAUAUUGCUCCCCCCCCCCAACACCACCACCUUUUUCGACAACACACAUCACUCUAAAAAAAUCAUCACUCGUGUCUAUGUGUAUAACUAAUAAUCCCGAUCAUUUUUGAUUCGCGCCGAUUUUUCAUUUGAAAAAAAUGGCGGGAAGCCGGCGUGUGUAUGAAUUGUGCUGUGUAUUUAAAAUAACUUCUCUCUAUAGUUUAAUUUCCCCGAGAAAAUAAUGCGGUAUUAUUAUUAUUCAAUUAUAAUAGCCUUUCCCUGUUCGAAUCAAACACGCUCUUUUCUCUUCUUCUUAUUUCUUCUUUUUCGUUUCAUUUUCCUUUUGUAUACAAAAACCAAAAUAUUUCCCAUCGGUGCGUGUCCGUGGCUAUAUAUUUCUCAUCGCAUUCCAUCAUGUACAUUUUUACAAGAAAAACUAAAAUUUCGAUUUAGAAAAAAAAAAAAAAAUUCCCGACCGGUCACGAAAACAAAAAUU